AUGCCUCGAGGUCAGAAGAGUAAGCUCAGAGCCCGGGAGAAACGUUGCCAGGACCGAGGUGACACCCACGGUCUUGAGUGUGUUCAGGGCACUAGAGUAGAGGAAGAAGGGUCUCUCCCCUCCCCCUCUACUUCUUUUGGGGAUUCUCUCCAGAGCUCGCCAGUUACUCCUAGUCAUAAUGGGGCUGACAGAGUCCCAUCCAUCUCCAUUGCCAUUGCUGAUGUAGGUGCCAACAACCAAGAAGAGGGAAGUUUAAAUUCCACUAAGACCUCACCCUCCACUGAGAAGUCUCAAAGAGACCCUGUGAUCUGGAGAACUAGCCUGUUGUUGCAGUUCCUGCUAUAUAAGUACAACAUGAAAGAGCUCAUUACCAAGACAGAAAUGAUGAAGAUCAUCAACAAAAAGUACAAGGAACAUUUCCCUCAGAUCCUCAGGAGAGUCUCUGAGCACAUGGACCUUGUCUUUGGUCUUGAGCUGAAGGAAGUUGACCCGAAAGGUCAGUCCUAUGCUCUGGUUAGUCAGUUGAAGAUGACCAAGGAAGAGAAUCUGAGUGGUGGCAGGGGGCUUCCCAAGCAAGGGAUUCUGAUGCCUCUCCUGGGUGUGAUCUAUAUGAACAACCACCGGGCCCCUGAGGAGAAGAUAUGGGAAUUCUUGAGUAUACUAGGGAUAUAUGAUGGAAAAAGACACUUCAUCUUCGGUGACCCCAGGAAGCUUCUGACCAGAGAUUUGGUGCAGGAAAAGUACCUGGAGUACCGGCAGGUACCUGGCAGUGAUCCUCCAUGCUAUGAGUUCCUGUGGGGGCCCAGAGCCCGUACUGAAGCCAGUAUGACGAAAGUCAUAGAGUUUAUGAUUAAGAUAAAGAAUGUUGACGCUAGUGCAUUUCAAGCCCUGUAUGAAGCAACUUGGAGAUAUGAGGAAGAGAGAGGGGAAGCCACAGUAUGGUCAGGUCGUAAUGCCAGGGCUAUGGCCCGUUUCAGGGCCAAGUCCAGCAGGUCCUCCCACUCCAAGUGA